GGGAGCGGGGUGUGUCGGGUGUCGGCGGCGGCGCUUUGCGGCCGGUCGUGCGGGUCGGGCGCGGGCGGGCGCGGCGGCAGUGGCGCGCACAGGUGAUUGACUGCCCAGCUGGCUCAGGGAGCGCCUGGUCCUCAUCGCUGGCAGGUGGCGGAGACCAUUUGGGCGGCGGCGGCGCCGGCAGCGGCGGUCCGGCUCGGGAGGCGCUUCUCGGGCCAAGGCCAUGGCCCCGCGGCUGCAGCUGGAGAAGGCGGCCUGGCGCUGGGCGGAGACGGUGCGGCCCGAGGAGGUGUCGCAGGAGCACAUCGAGACCGCCUACCGCAUCUGGCUGGAGCCAUGCAUCCGCGGCGUGUGCAGACGAAACUGCAAAGGAAAUCCGAAUUGCCUGGUUGGGAUUGGUGAGCAUAUUUGGUUAGGAGAAAUAGAUGAAAAUAGUUUUCAUAACAUUGAUGAUCCCAACUGUGAGAGGAGGAAAAAGAACUCAUUUGUGGGCCUCACUAACCUUGGAGCUACUUGUUACGUCAACACAUUUCUUCAAGUGUGGUUUCUCAACUUGGAGCUUCGGCAGGCGCUAUACUUAUGUCCAAGCACCUGUAGCGACUACAUGAUGGGAGAUGGUAUCCAAGAAGAGAAAGAUUAUGAGCCUCAAACAAUUUGUGAGCAUCUCCAGUACUUGUUUGCCUUGUUGCAAAACAGUAAUAGGCGAUACAUUGAUCCAUCAGGAUUUGUUAAAGCCUUGGGCUUGGACACGGGGCAACAGCAGGAUGCCCAAGAAUUUUCAAAGCUCUUUAUGUCUCUUUUGGAAGAUACUUUGUCUAAGCAAAAGAAUCCAGAUGUUCGUAACAUUGUCCAGCAGCAGUUCUGCGGGGAAUACGCUUAUGUAACUGUUUGCAACCAGUGUGGCAGAGAGUCUAAGCUUUUAUCAAAGUUUUAUGAACUGGAGUUAAAUAUCCAAGGCCACAAACAGUUAACAGAUUGUAUCUCGGAAUUUCUGAAGGAGGAAAAAUUAGAAGGAGACAAUCGAUACUUUUGUGAAAACUGUCAAAGCAAACAGAAUGCAACGAGGAAGAUUCGCCUCCUCAGCCUUCCUUGCACUCUGAACUUACAGCUGAUGCGAUUUGUCUUUGACAGGCAAACUGGACAUAAGAAAAAGCUGAAUACCUACAUUGGCUUCUCCGAAAUUUUGGAUAUGGAGCCUUAUGUGGAACAUAAAGGUGGGUCCUAUGUGUAUGAGCUCAGUGCAGUUCUCAUACACAGAGGAGUGAGUGCCUAUUCUGGCCACUACAUUGCCCAUGUGAAAGAUCCACAGUCCGGUGAAUGGUAUAAGUUUAAUGACGAAGACAUAGAAAAGAUGGAGGGGAAGAAAUUACAACUAGGGAUUGAGGAAGAUCUAGGUAAAACCUUUAAGUUGUUGGAGGUCUCUAACAGAAAGGGAGACCACACGUUUCUUCAAGAGCUGGUAGAUCGGGAUAACUCCAAGUUUGAGGAGUGGUGUAUUGAAAUGGCCGAGAUGCGUAAGCAAAGCGUGGAUAAAGGAAAAGCAAAGCACGAAGAGGUUAAGGAGCUGUACCAAAGGUUACCUGCUGGAGCUGAGCCCUAUGAAUUUGUCUCUCUUGAGUGGCUACAGAAGUGGUUGGAUGAAUCGACACCCACCAAGCCUAUCGAUAAUCACGCUUGCCUGUGUUCCCAUGACAAGCUUCAUCCUGAUAAAAUAUCAAUUAUGAAGAGAAUCUCUGAGUAUGCAGCUGACAUUUUCUACAGUCGAUAUGGAGGAGGACCAAGACUAACUGUGAAAGCCCUGUGUAAGGAAUGUGUGGUAGAACGUUGUCGUGUGUUACGUCUGAAGAACCAACUAAAUGAAGAUUAUAAAACUGUUAAUAAUCUGCUAAAAGCAACGGUAAAGGGCAAUGAUGGAUUUUGGGUAGGAAAAUCCUCCUUGCGCAGUUGGCGCCAACUAGCUCUUGAGCAAUUAGAUGAGCAAGAUGGUGACACAGACCAAAGCAAUGGGAAGAUGAAUGGCAGCACCUUGAAUAAAGGUAACGUUGAAAACCUGUGUGUGGAUGGGGAGUUGUGCAUAUCUGAAAAUGAAAGAAGGCUUGUUUCUAAAGAGGCUUGGAGCAAACUGCAACAGUACUUUCCAAAGGCUCCUGAGUUUCCAAGUUACAAAGAAUGCUGUUCACAGUGCAAGAUUUUAGAAAGAGAAGGGGAAGAAAAUGAAGCCUUACAUAAGAUGAUUGCAAACGAGCAAAAGACUUCUCUUCCGAAUUUGUUCCAGGACAAAAACAGACCAUGUCUCAGUAACUGGCCAGAGGACACGGAUGUCCUCUACAUUGUGUCACAGUUUUUUGUAGAAGAAUGGCGGAAAUUUGUUAGAAAACCCACGAGAUGUAGCCCCGUGUCAUCAGUUGGAAACAACGCCCUUCUGUGUCCCCACGGGGGCCUCAUGUUUACAUUUGCUUCCAUGACCAAAGAAGAUUCUAAACUUAUAGCUCUCAUAUGGCCCAGUGAGUGGCAAAUGAUACAAAAGCUCUUUGUUGUGGAUCAUGUAAUUAAAAUCACGAGAACUGAAGUGGGAGAUGCAAACCCUUCAGAAACACAGUAUAUUUCUGAGCCUAAACUUUGCCCAGAAUGCAGAGAAGGCUUAUUGUGUCAACAGCAGAGGGACCUGCGUGAAUACACUCAAGCCACCAUCUAUGUCCAUAAAGUUGUGGAUAAUAAAAAGGUGAUGAAGGAUUCCGCUCCAGAGCUGAAUGUGAGCAGUUCCGAAACAGAGGAGGAUAAGGAAGAAGCUAAACCAGAUGGAGAAAAAGAUCCAGAUUUUAAUCAAAGCAAUGGAGGAACAAAGCGGCAAAAGAUAUCCCAUCAGAAUUAUAUCGCCUAUCAAAAGCAAGUUAUUCGGCGGAGUAUGCGACAUAGAAAAGUUCGUGGUGAGAAAGCACUUCUUGUUUCUGCUAAUCAAACAUUAAAAGAAUUGAAAAUUCAGAUCAUGCAUGCGUUUUCAGUUGCUCCUUUUGACCAGAAUCUGUCAAUUGAUGGAAAGAUUUUAAGUGAUGACUGUGCCACUCUCGGCACCCUUGGCGUCAUUCCUGAAUCUGUCAUUUUGUUAAAGGCUGAUGAACCAAUUGCAGAUUAUGCUGCAAUGGAUGAUGUCAUGCAAGUGUGUAUGCCAGAAGAAGGGUUUAAAGGUACUGGUCUACUUGGACAUUAAUCUUUUGAACACUUGGCUGACUGCUAAGAAAUGACCAGAAGGGAAGAGGAGUUUGACAUGUUAGGGCAUUAAAGAAAAGGUGGAUUUAAGAAUUAAACCAUUACAUGACUCUUCCAAAAGGCAGAAAACCAUUCAAAAGUGACUGUCCCAAAUGCCUUAUGUCAAAUAAAGCAGAUUGCACUGAAGGACAUCAGACUUGAAGGAAAUGUUUCAAAUUUUAUAUUUAAGGGGAAUGGGGGUGGGAGGGAGGGGGCAAGUAAAGAUUGAACAAGUUUAGUAGCAGUAACAGUAAAUCAUGUUUACAUACGAGAUUUAUAGUCAUGGAGGAAAUAAAGUUGUUAUAUUUCCUUGCUUGAGUUUCAUACCAGAUGCGUUGGUCCAUAAAGGAUUCGUAUCACAGUAGAGAGGACAACAUUCUGCUCUGAACUAAAAGUGAUUCUUUAGAGACAUAACCUGCUUACCAAUACCUGUCUUUGAUUCAUAUUUUACUUUCAAUAAAGCAUGAAAGUGAAGAACUUGCC